AUGAAGGGAUUAAGCAAGCCGAUUUCGAGUCCGGGGAGAACGGACAAGUUUCCGCCGCCAUUAAUGAGGUUUCUGAGGAGCAAUGCGGGGAGCAGAAGCAGAGGGCGGUCGCGUUCAAGCCCAAUGUUUAUGAGGAAGAAGAACUCCGUCGCCAUUGAAACCACUCAGGAACCUUCUUCUCCUAAGGUCACCUGCAUCGGCCAAGUCCGAGUCAGAAGGUCUUCCAAGUCCUCCUCCGCCGCCGCCGGCGGAAUCAGCCGCUCGAAGUCUGUCCGGAAAACCAGACGGCCUUCUAGUUCUACCACCUCUAAACAGCAGCCCUGUUGGUGGGUCCGCAAGCUCCUAUUUUGCCGCAGAAUUUCGCGGAAAUUCGGUAAACCCAAACCGAUUUCUUCGUUUUUCCGGAAAUGGGCGUUCUUCUGCGGGUUCGGGUGCCGGAAGAUACGCGACAAUACCGAUUCUCCUCCCCGGGUCGAGCCCGACCCGAAAGCUCCGACCCAGGAAGAAGAACCCGGCUGCAAUAGUACAAGUAGUGGCCGCCGCUGCGGCGGCGGUAGUAAAGCUCAACCGGAAAAUAAAGAAAACACCGUCGGUAGUUCAUCAUCACCGCCCAACUACGCUUUCUUCUUGACCCGUUGUAGAUCUGCUCCGUAUAGAUCUUCCUCCCUAGCCUGCAGAUUCUGGGGUUCACCAUUAAACGCCACCGAACCAGAAGCACCCGAAACAGAACCCGAGAAUUUGCCUCAAGAAGAGAAGCCCAGCUCUUCGCCGAGAAAAUCCCAAGAAACGGAGGCUUCUGCGAGCUCAGACGACGUCAAAACGAAAGAAGAAGAAGAAAAAGAGGAGACAAAUAAGGUUGAGCCAAUCGGGAAAAGCGCAGUGCAUCCAUUGCUGCUAACAAGGUGCAAAUCAGAGCCAGCAAGAAGCGGCGAAAGGCUGAACCCAGACGCCGGUUACUGGAGGCGAAGAAGAUUUGCAGAGCCUCAUCCAAGUAGCUAA